GUGUCCUUACUACUAAGAAACUUCAGCUGCACAGAUGUUAGAGAUUACCAUUGUCAGGUCACCAGUGGAGACAGAACAGAAGAGAAAACAAUAGGAGUGUGGAUGCAACCUGAAGUCCAACCUGUGAGUGAGUCAUCAGCAGUUCAAGGCCAAAUUGUUCAGCUGAUGCUGUCUGAGAGACAGACAGAUACAAUGGAGGAGUUGGCAGAGUAUCAUGGGCCCAUUGAUAAAAGCAGGGCAGAGGAGAUCUUGAAUGUGGCAGGCAGCAAUGGCAGCUAUCUGAUCAGAGACAGCAUGAGCUCACCGGGGUCUUACUGCGUCUGUGUGCUGUGUGACGGGUGGGUGUUCACCUACAGAGUAUUCAAACAAAAGGAUGGCUUCUGGACAAUGGAGACGGCUCCUGGGAUGAAGCAAAGACUCUUUAGGAAAGUCAAUAGCCUCAUUGCUGCCUUUAAAAUCCCAGACCAAGGCAUCUCGUUUCCUCUUCUCCAUCCUGUAAAAAAACCCUAAACAUAAACAACCUGAAAACUGUUCCUACAUUUUGUAAAUGUAUGAAAAUGUAUUUUUGUAUAUUUUUCUAAGUAACAAAUACUCUUAAGUAUACAGCAUACUUGUUUACCUGCUUUUUGGGGGAUGGGGUGGCACUAAACCCAAGGGUAAAUUGUAUUAUAUUGAUGUUAAUUUAAAUUAAAGUGUUCUAAAUUCUAAAAAUAUAUUAAAAUAUUAUAUAUUAUUACACAAAUAUUACGUUUAUCAGGAAGAAAAUCUCUCUGUGUUCUUUCCCAGACUGAGUAACAUUUUUGUUUCUUUGUUAUUAUUAAAUAAAUUCCUGAAUGGAUUUAGUUUCCAGAGGCAUUAAUAUUAUUAUUUUUACCUGCAUUAGGGCAUACUUUUGUCAACCAUAUUAAACACACAUUGUGUCAAAACACACAUAUACAUCAAAUACUUCAAUUAAUUGAAUCAGUUACUUGAAAUACAUUCUCAGUCUGAACAAUUGUAGCUGUUAUCUUUAUAAUCAACUCAAAUAAAAAAAGUAGCUGUAAAUACUGCACAAGAUAUAACACAAUAAAUCCUCUUCUAGAUUAUAUUUUACAUAAUGACUCCUGUUACAUUAUAGAGCUUACAUUUUGGAAUUGUUGGAAGUGUUGUCCCUUCGCUUAGUGCUUUCCGAGGUGAUAUUAAUUAAUUAAUUUUUCAUUAAAAACACCACAUUCUAGCAACACAUUAAAUUAAUUCACCUCUUAGACAGCGAUUACAGAUAUCUGACAGCUACAGGUCACUACAGUGUCUGCAAAAAUAUUAAACCCUGGACAGGCCUAGAAUAAAAUUAAAUGUAAAUAUAAAAAAUAUAUAUUAGAUGUUAGAUAACAGGUAAGUAAAUAAAAAUGGAAGAAUUCACAUGAGCAUUUUAUACCACAACAUUUUAAAUAUCUGGCCAUUUCUGUGACUUUUGGUAGCAUUGUUGCUUUAAGCCCUGAAUUAGAUUUCUGACCCUGACUGCCAUCUUGUUUCAGUACAGCAAUAUGACACUGAUUGGGAACUCAUGACAGCUCAUUUCCUCUUAAGAGGUAUCUGAUAACCACACAGAGUUUCCGUCUUAAAACUAGUAUACUUCAUUAUAUCUGCCUAAGCAUAUGUGUACUUCUGGAAACUGAACAGCAAAUGAACCUUCCUUGUGUUUACGUUUUCUAAGCCAUAGACUAUACAUUUUGAUUAGUGUUAGAAUUCCUGUAAUAUCAUGCUAAUGUUAAAAACAAUCAAAUUGGUUAGAUUUUAAAUUAUGAAUUGUGUAAUGAAAUUCAAUGCAUUUUCAAUGUAAAAAAAAUAAAUGUAACAAAAUGUGAACAAAUAACUAAGUUCAGGCAUGAAACUCUGCAGCAUGUCUGGUGUUUUUUCCAACUGUGCAGCAUUAGCAUGCCCACAUGCUGAACUCAAUGUCAGUGUAUGUUCUAACAGUAGCAAGUCUCCAAUCUAUUCUGCCAAGACCAAUAUCCUAUCAACAUGUCAU